AUGGCGCCAAAAAAACGACGAAAGUACCCUAAGCACAAUUUGCAAAACUCAGAGGUUUUUCAACAAGAAAUCGAGGCCCUGUUCAACAAGAAAUUUGUUUUAAAAUCAAGCGAGGAUUCAUGGGCUCAUCUUCCGUAUGCAAGCCGUAUGUUCACAGAACCUCCUUUCGUUCUAGAAGACUUGAUCUCCAUGAAGGACGAUCUUAAUCGAAAUAAGAGCUUACUUAACGACAUGGAUAUUGAUGAGUGGCAUUUACACACCCGCAGAGCUCAUAAAGCCGGACUUGUUGUGAAGCACCUCAGGGAUAAUCUACGAGUUGAAAUGUGUACUCAAGCUUGGGCUAAAUUCCACGAGAUUCUUCACACUUUUGAUCUCGUCCCUGAGGAUGCUCAGCACACGGGCAAGUUCCGCUCCGUCCAUCUGUGUGAGGCACCAGGAGCUUUUGUGGCCUGUUUAAAUCACUUACUGAAAAGCUGUUAUCAUGGUUUACAGUGGGAAUGGUUGGCUAAUACUUUGAACCCUUACUAUGAAGGACACGAUUUAAAAGCCAUGCUGGAUGAUGACCGGUUCAUAUUUGAGACAUUGCCACAUUGGCAUUUUGGUGCAGAUGGAACUGGAGACUUGAUGAACUUGGUGAACUUAGAAGCUCUUCAGCAAGACAUGGAUCAAGUUCAUUUAGUAAGGGCCGGUAUUGACCUAUUAAAUCACCAGAAAGUCAUCUCACCCACAGUUAUUUCACCUUAACCCAAGAGUUGUGACAACAGUUAAACAAUAUGGUUAUAAUUGGCUAUAAUGCGCUUGAAAUCCAUGCAUAUCUGUUAUGUUUGCUAAUGGAACAACUCAUUUGCAUUGGCAUGUUUUAAUUAUGAGUUGUCUCAUACAAUGGUGUUAAUAAAUUUUAGUAAAAGGGAGUGUUAACCCUUUAAGCCUCAAAAUCAACAUGCAUGUUCUCCACACUGUUCAUCAUACAUUCCUUAUGGUACCACUUGAAAGAAUUUGUUCUAACAUCACAACAUUUCACCUUUGGUGAUCAUUUUAUUCAUUCUCAUGACCUGUAUGUUUGAUCAGGCAGUCUGAUUGUUGGGAGAAAUUGGAUGUGAGUUGGGGCUUAAAGAGUUAAGGUUGUAAACUAGAUUUGUUUUCACCAAAGAAAGGUUGUUGUGCUCUUGGAAUUAAAAAGAAAAUUGUUAUUUUCAGUUUCCAGAAACUUAGGUUGGUCAAUCUGUGGAAAAUGAAAUACUUCAGGGAAAUGGCUUUAUUAUCUCUUUCCAGGACAAUGAUUUUAUUCUUAUAAUCUGUUUGCAGGUCACAGCUGAUGGUAGUAUCAAUUGUGCCAAUCAACCAGAUGAGCAAGAAAGUGUUGUUGCUCAGCUUUGUUUCUGUGAAGCAGUAACAGCCAUUAAUCUGCUUUCUCAAGGAGGAAACUUUGUGUUCAAGAUGUUCACUGCAUUUGAGCACCAGAUGAUAUGCCUGCUUUAUCUUUUCACCUGCUUGUUUCAAGAAGUUCAUGUCAUUAAACCUGGUAAACACUGAAAGUAUAGAUAUAGUACAAAGAAAAUACUGUGAGGUUCUGUUUUCUGGGCAAGUUUCUGUUCUUACUGUCAAUUGCUAUUUUGUAUAAGUAGCAAGCAUGGCAGGUGUCAAGAAGGGAGGGGAAGAGGCUUUUCCUCUCCCUCCCCGUCAAGUACCCUUUCUGUGCUUGCCAUGUAGGCCAUUGUAUAAGUUGCAGUUCAUACUGUUGUUCUACCAUGUCUUACAAUAAAUUAUUCAGUUGGUUUUUUUUUUAAGGUUCAUACUGGUGAACUAUUAAAAAGUGUACUUCUUAGAUUCAUGACCAUAAUUUUAAUUUAAAAUGCUAUGGUAAAAUACUGGUAGGUAAAAAGUAAAGUAAAAACUCUCACACUUCAUUUUCAAUAAUACUGUAAAAUAAAUAGUACUGACAAUGCAAAAUUGUUGCUGGAGGGUUUUUAUUUGAGUGGUCAUACUACAAAAUUUUUUUCCACACGCUCAAAAGAUAGAACUGUAUUAUAUUUAUCUAUAUUUAAGUUGAUGAAGUGAAAGCCCAGGCUUACAUUAAUAUGUUUCAUACUUACUACUUAUUCAAAGACAAAUAUUGUAAUUUACAUAAAUUAAAUGUUUGGUUUAAUUUUUUUUUUAGUUUUUUUUUAGUUUGUUAUUGUAGAGGGACAGUUCCUUGCAAGGAAAUAUAAUUAUUUUGUAUUAAUAUUUAUGUUGCUACAAUAGGUACCAGCAAGUCAGGUAAUUCAGAGGUGUAUAUUGUAUGCCUGCACUUUACUGGAAGAGAAGAAAUUCCUGCUGACAUCAUGCAAAAACUAAGAGAAGGAUUUGGGGCAUGUUCACCACAAAUGAGCCUCUUUCCUCUAACAUCAAUUCCAAGUUUCUUUCUGGAGAGAUUGAAAGUUUGUGAAAAGUACUUUACAGGUCUUCAAAUGGAAGCCAUUGAUCAGAAUAUUAAACAGUUCCAUCACAUGAGUGCAAGAGAAAGAAAAUCUCACACUAAACUUCGCCAUCUUGUAGUGGAGGCUUUUGUAGAAAGAUUCUUAUUGCAGCCAAUCAAUAGAGAGGAUCGGAUAGUGCCUGGUGUCAACUUAGAUGGUACACAACUGAGCUUCACAAGAGGGCCUUCAAAUGAUGUUCCUUUUAAUGAGAUUUUUAAUGGUCGACAUCAGAUUGGAAGCUAUAAUCAGAGGCAAAGAACCCUGGACCAAGACUGGUUUGAAAACAUUCAAAGUGAUGAUUUGUUUAAAUUACAUCCCUCUCAAUAUCAAAGCCUAGAAGGUAAUGUUAAUACUUCAUGUUGAGCAGCAAAGUCUGAGAUAUGAUACAAUACCUUCCUGUUGUAUUGUUUGCUAUAAUACUGGUAAUAGUCGUGAUAAUGAUAAACUUUCAGUAACUUCUGGACUGCCAGUACUAGCAAGUCCUCAUUACUCCAUAUUUCAAGGUUGUCAUACUAAGUCCUCCACAUGUUCAAAUAAUAAACCCAUUUAAAAGUAUUCUUCACACGGGUGAAGGAACAAGAUCCAGAGAUAGCAAAUACGAUUUCCUCACCCCUGCAGAAUUCAGUUUCCUGAAUAAUAAUAACUGAUACAUACCAGUGUGAGAGUAAACUUGUGCACACCCUUUACCAGGAGUGCAUUUCGAAAAAGACUGAAAAAUUCAAAAGGCCUUUGAGAAACACAUGCUAGCACAUAUUUGGUGGCAAGUCUGAAAUAUUAUCUUAACUCUGUUUUUGUUUUUCCAGGUCUAUCACAAACUUCCAAUGGUGUCACACUCAUUCCACUCUACCCUGACCAAGUUGCGUGGCUUCCUAAAGCACUCUAUACCACACCUAAAGACAUAACAGAAACCUGGAAAAUGCAGGCUGCAGCUUGUCUAGGUGUUGUGUUGAAUUCCCGAUUCUGCACACCCCUAUACAUCAGCAAGUUGCGAGAGGCAAGGCAACGGGCAACAAUCCUAAAAAAAGACAACCUUGAGAACCUUGAGAGAAUUUUAAACAGAGGAGAUCCUUCACAUGUUGUUAGCAUGUCGCCAGGUGGUGAAGCAGAAGUGAAAAAUCUUGAUAACAUCAUUUCCUUCACAGAAAUGUCUCAGAAUGAGAACUGUGGAAUUUUGUUAAAUGUUGGCUGUAGUCUUGAUUAUGUGAAACAUCAUCUGGAAGAGAGAAAUGCAAAUUUUAGUUCCAUUCACAUACAUAUUUCAGCAGAAAGUGGAAGAGUAUCACUUAAUCAGGAAACCGGUUGCCAAAUUGAAGAAAUCUCUCAGAAUGUGAAAAGGAUUUUGCAAAUAGACAAUAGCCAAAACAUUAAUCUAGUUUUUGCAGAUGUAGACAAUAGUGAU